UUGGCCGGCGAGCGGUUUCGCUGGGGUUAUGCUGACGGCUCCGGUCAGGGAAUUUCAACUUCGGAUGUGGCUGAGCAGAAAGAGCAUAACCUGUAACCAUGACGACUGAAGUUGGCCUAGAGACUGACGUGAAGAAGGAAUCUGAGCAGCUAGGGGCAGAUGCAGCCAAAGAAAAACAUGAGGAAGCAACGGAGGAAAAUCAAAAGUCUGAAAAGACACUCUCUGAAGAGGCACAACGUUCUCCUUCUCCAACCCUAGCUACCCAAAGCAGCCCAAGUAGUCAGAAGAAGGAAAAAGAUCCAUCUGAAGGCAAGGGAAUCUCUCGCUUUAUCCCCCCAUGGCUUAAGAAACAAAAAUCAUAUACCUUGGUGGAGCCCAAAGAUGAAGCCAAGAGAAAACCUGUAGAGGAAAGACAGGCAGUGGAGGAGAGGGAAAGUCAACUUCCAGACGAUAUGGCUCAGCCGAAGGAAAACUUGGAAGAAGCAACAAUUGAGAGUCAACAGGAGGCUAAAGCAGAUGACAAGGAUGAGGAGAAGCAUUCUGUGAACAGUGCUGACACACAGCCUGCUAAAGAAGACAAUAAAGAGAUUGAAGUAGAGAAAGUUGCCAAUGAGCAAGAAGAAAAACAAAAAGAAAAGAGGGAGACCAAAGAGGUACAAACAUCUGAAAUCAAAAUGGAGAAAGCGCCUCAGAAAGCUCCCAAGAAGAUUAAAACUGUGCUGUGCAAAGUGAUGCUUCUGGAUGGCACCGAAUACAGCUGUGACCUAGAGAAAAGAGCUAAAGGCCAGGUGCUAUUUGACAAGGUGUGCGAACAGCUCAAUUUACUGGAAAAGGACUAUUUUGGCCUGUUGAUUCGAGAUAAUUCAGAUCAGAAGAACUGGUUAGAUUCUUCAAAGGAAAUCAAGAGGCAAAUUAGAAGUUUACCCUGGCUAUUCACCUUUAAUGUGAAGUUUUAUCCUCCUGAUCCUUCACAGUUGACUGAAGACAUUACCAGAUAUUUCCUGUGCCUGCAGCUUCGUCAGGAUAUUGCUUCUGGCCGACUGCCAUGUUCUUUUGUGACUCAUGCCCUCCUUGGUUCAUAUACUCUGCAGGCCGAGCUAGGCGACUAUGAUUCAGAGGAGCACAAUAACCAUUACAUUAGCGAAUUCCAAUUUGCACCCAAUCAGACAAAAGAGAUGGAGGACAAAGUAGUAGAACUGCACAAAACACACAGGGGCUUGACUCCAGCACAGGCAGAUUCUCAUUUCUUAGAAAACGCAAAGAGGCUUUCCAUGUAUGGAGUGGACUUGCAUCAUGCCAAGGAUUCAGAAGGUGUGGACAUCAUGCUUGGUGUAUGCGCUAAUGGGCUUCUUAUUUACAAGGAUAGACUCAGAAUCAACCGUUUUGCUUGGCCCAAAAUUUUGAAAAUCUCUUAUAAACGCAGUAACUUCUACAUCAAAGUCAGGCCAGCAGAGCUGGAACAGUUUGAAAGCACCAUUGGGUUCAAAUUGCCAAACCAUCGGGCUGCUAAAAGGUUAUGGAAGGUUUGUGUGGAGCACCAUACUUUCUACAGACUUGUAUCACCAGAACAGCCUCCUAAGGCAAAGUUCCUGACCUUGGGUUCCAAGUUCCGCUACAGUGGCCGUACUCAAGCACAGACACGGCAGGCUAGCAACCUUAUAGACAGACCAGCUCCAUACUUUGAGCGCACCUCAAGCAAACGUGUAUCCAGGAGUCUUGAUGGGGCUCCUGUGGGUAUCACAGACCAAAGUCUGCUAAGGGACUUUUCUGCUACCACAGUGGGACCUGCUGGUGAAAAGGUCUUUGACGGUGAAGCUGUUGGCCAGACCAAGUUAAAAAAUGGCGAAGGUAGAGAUGAGGAUGGAAGCCCAACUAAAAUUCCACAACUGGAAUUAACCCAGGAUGAAAAGGUGGAGGAAGACCGAAGUGGCUUAAUAAUUCCAGCAGCGUCUGUGGCCGAAACAAUAAAGGUGGAAACCGGAGAGGAGGAAAUGCAGCAGCAGGACCUGGAUAAGACCCAGGACGACUUACUGAAACAUCAGGCUAGCAUUAGUGAACUCAAGCGCAAUUUCAUGGAAUCCACACCUGAGCCACGCCCCAAUGAAUGGGAAAAGCGGCGUAUUACACCUCUGUCUCUACAGACACAAGGGAGCCUAGAAGAGGAAAUAACGUCAAUUUUAUUUAGUAAAGAGGGCUUUUCCACUAGCAUGAAAUCUACCUUCACUUCAUCCACCGCACGGACAGCAGAGGGCACUGUUGUGAAAGAUAAUGUACCUUCUGAAAUGCUUUCUGCCUCACCCUUCUUACAACUGCCUGAGAAACUUCCUUCCAGAGCAGAAGGGCCUUGCACUGGAGCCAGCGAUGCUGAUAAGAGUUCACAUGAGACUCUGAACGUAGUGGAGGAGAAGAAGCAGGCAGAGGUGGGGAUAGAAGAGACUGUAGUCAUAGACGAAAUCAACAGAGGGAAAAUGCAAGCUGUCACUGGUGCUGGGGAGACCUGUAAGGUGGAACAUGCAUCAAAAAAGGACUCUUCUUCAUUGUCAUCAGAUAGCAGCAGCAACAGCAGCAGUAGUGAGAGUGAGGAUGAAGUGGUGGGAGGAGUAUCAGCCCAUCACAGGGCAGCUGAGGACAUCAUAAGAGAAGAACAAGAAGAAAAUGAAGAUGCCAAAAGAAAGGAGGAGUGUGCAACAAAAGUAAUACAGAGUGUGGAAACUGUACAAGAAGGCAGUAUAGUAACAGUUGAGCACACGCAAGUUACAGUGAAGGCUUUGGCCCAGGAAAAUGUGGUUGCCAUAAAAACUGCAGAGAAGAAUGUAAUGGAAGAGGAGAAGCAAGACCUGAGAGCAGAAGAUGAGGAAGAACAGCUCAGAAUAAACGGAGACGUGUCUCAUGUUGACAUUGAUGUUGUGCCACAAAUAAUUUGUUGUUCUGAGCCUCCGGUAGUAAAGACCGAGAUGGUGACCAUUUCAGAUGCCACACAGAGAACAGAAAUCUCCACCAAGGAAGUCCCAAUUGUUCAAACAGAGACUAAAACUAUCACAUAUGAAUCUCCACAGUUUGAUGGCAGUGCAAGUGGUGAUGCUGGUGUUCUGUUGAGUGCACAGACUAUAAUGUCUGAAUCAGUUUCUACAACUACAACCACACAUAUCACUAAGACAGUAAAAGGUGGAAUAUCAGAAACAAGGAUUGAGAAGCGCAUUGUUAUCACUGGAGAUGCAGAUAUUGACCAUGACCAGGCACUGGCACAAGCAAUCAAAGAAGCCAAAGAGCAGCACCCUGACAUGUCUGUCACGAGGGUAGUGGUGCAUAAAGAAACUGAACUUGCUGAGGAAGGCAAGGAGUAAGGUCAAG